AUGAUACCCUUGGCGUACAGUCGCUACCGAGCCACGUCAGGCGUGAACGACACCGUCGCACCGAAGCCGAGUUCGGCAUCCCGAGAUGAAAGCAGGCCCGACCCCGACACGUCUUCGCAUGACGCUAGCGCUGCACCCCUCCGUGCCAGCAUUUCGUCUCCUGUCAAGGUCCAAGACAAGGAUGCAAGUGCCCCUCAAGACCUCGUGGCGAUCGAAGCGUCGCUUCAAGCGGUGCUGACCAGGCGCAAGAUUCGACUCGGCUCUCCAUCGACUCGCAAGUUGUUCGGCAGCGCGCUCCGAUCGGUCGCUUACCAGUCCAACGCCACUGCUUCGCCUUAUACUGCGUAUUCCCAGAAUCUCAAGAGACAGCAAACCCAAGACGCUCAAGAUGCUCAGGUGUCCACGACCGGUUCCGGUGCGGUAGGCGUUGAGGCCUCGGCCACGACCAUGGUAUCUACGCCGUCGGCCGCCGCCGACGACUGGUGGAACGGUCCACAAGGACCUCCUGCAGUCCCUGCGGACGCCAUCUCCGACUCCUUCGGGGCCGCAGAUGCCUCCUCCAGCAAGAAGCGUUCUCGAGAAGAACACCAGAAUUCUGGACAGGAUGAUGCCAAGAAAAACAAGAAGAGCAAAAUUGACGGAGUAGGCGAAAUUGAAGGAGUAAGCAAAGUUGAAGGAGUAAGCGAGCUCGAUGUGCCGAGGUGAGCUGCAAACACCCUUCACCCACUGCUUCGAAGUUCUUCGCCUUGAUACUCAUUAUGCUCCGCAAGCAGCGAGUCUACGGUGGCCGUCGACCCUUGGAGCAACUGGGCUUCCCCAGAGAGCCAAGAUCGAAAGACGCCGCUGAGUGCCUCGCCGUCGUCCAAAGACACGGCUGAGACGUCGCAGGCCACGACCGAGACUCGAGCCACGACGGUUCGAGUUGAAUCCGAGCCGGAGAACGUCGAACCUGCUACGAACAUGUAAGUUCUUCACUUUCUAUUUUUCAUUUCCGUUUAUUCCUGACAGCCUUAUAACACGUGCCACCGCUUCUCACCUCGCAGGACGCCACCCAUGAGCCCCCGUGUCGUAGCUUGCAAGUCGGGUCACUUGCUGAGUUGUCCCGUCCCGCGCGCUCCGCCGUCAGUCGAGCAUAAAGCCGUUCAGCAACUCGAAAUCGAGGCCAAACAGCUUGGUAGUGGAUGGUUCUGA